AGGUAGUAUGGUAAAAAUAGAUGUGAAGAAGUCUAUUUUUGCAAACACAAAAGAUAAACACGAAGGAUUUCAUCAGAGAAUAAACGAAACUACCGGCUCCCAACGACAUCUGCAUCGCUAUUGUUCGUUGCAAAUUAAAUAAAGAGCAUGCUUGUUUUGACUAAUUUUUAAACGACGUUAAACAACAUAAUGAUCGAUGAAGAAUUAGGUGGAUUAUCUGAAGAUGAUUUUGUGCUUCCACCAAUUAAAUACGAAUAUUUGGAUCACACUGCUGAUGUUCAGUUACAUGCAUGGGGUGACAGUUUGAAGGAAGCAUUUGAACAAUGUGGCAUGGCAAUGUUUGGGUACAUGACAGAACUGGAUUAUGUCCAGAUAAAAGAAGUACAUUCAAUAGAAGCCACAGCAGAUGACAUGAUGGGUUUGCUGUAUCACUUCUUAGAUGAACUACUUUUUUUGUUCUCGGUAGAACCAUUUUUAAUUUGCAAGAAGUUGGUAAUCACUGAAUUUAAUAUGGAGGAAUUCCGGAUAGUCUGCAAGUGCUAUGGGGAGGAAUUUGAGAUUGGCAAACACCCACAGGGCACGGAGGUGAAAGCAAUAACUUAUUCUGCAAUGCAGAUCAUUGACGAGCCCAAGGAUAAUAAGUUUGAAGUUUUUGUAAUCAUUGAUAUUUGAAAAUAUACAUACAUUUUGUUAAA